GUCUCCAUCACGCUCUGGGUUCCCCAGGCCCGCUGGCAAAACCAGGUCUUCAAUGCCUUCUGAAAGAGUGCUAGAAUGGCUAGUGGGGGCCAUUCUAAUGUCUGGGGGAAUGAUAUUCCAGAGAGGGAGCUACCACGGAGAAGGCCUUUCAUCUGAGAUCAUCCAAAAGUGUGACCAAUGCUGUUUCUGUCCCAAAUCCAGGCCUAAAUCCUGACUGGUAGGGGUCAAGAUAAUCCGUUUCAUCCAGAAACCUCUGGAGCUGCUGCGUGACCACCUUCUCAACAACCUUCCCCCAAAAUGGAAGAUUGGAGACAGGUUGGAAAUUAUCCAACUGGGUGGAGCCCAGUGAUAGUUUAAGAAAAGAGCGGACCACAGCCUCCUUAAAGUGCUGGGGCACCAUCCCCUCCUAUAGAGAAGUUUUGACCUAUAAGUACUUUAUUGUUUGGCUAUGGGGUUGCCUAUUUCAAACAGAACUCACCUGUUCUGAAAGGAUAUUUUUGAGCUUCUUACCCCCCCAACAGGUGAGAUAAGAGUGGGGUUUGAAGUUCAAUUUUUUCUAGCUCACCUCUGGUAUUAUAGAACUUACCUCAAUAUUCAAAUGAUGUCCUCCCUAACUUUUUUGGGAAAAUUGUCAAAAGUUGUUUUGUUGGGAACAUGUUUUUGUGGUUUUCUAUUAGUAACCUGCAAGGACUUUUUGUGAAGCCAGCAAUAUAGAAAUACCAUAAAUUAAGACAGCCAAUUAGAGCAAAAAUUAGAAGUGGGGUCCUCCAGAUGCUACUAGAUUUCAAAACCUCUCACCACAUUGGCCAUGCUGGCUGUGGCUAAAAACUUUUGUUAACAAAAGGUGUGUGCUUGAAGGAUGUGAAGUAUCUAUAUAAUUAACUGCACAUAAAAAUAAAAAGUUCAAUGAUGAAUGAAUUCCAGUUGUAAUUACUGAUGCAUCUUCCAGACAUUUCCAAGUUUUGUACCAUCAUCAGUUGAUCUGUUGCAACAAGCCUGAAGUUUGUAACAUAAAUUAUAUUGGUUUCCAGCAAAAGUAUGGAGUACCUUAAGCACCCAGAGCCAGACAAUCAUGCAUUUGCGCUUGUAUAACAGAUUCCGACCGUCACGAACAGCGAAAAGGUUGCAGUGGGACGCAAUCCCGCAUGUUGGAUUUACUUAGGUGGUAAUCAGAGAAAAGAUUGCAAUCUCCUGCUCCGGACUUGAUCUACACGAACGACGGAUAUUUGUGCCUGAAGCUAUUUUGAUUGCUUCCCGCCAACCACAUCCAUAACAAAUGCGAAAGCAGACGAAAAAAGAUAGCAGCUAUUUCUUGUGGAGAACAGGUUCAGUUCUAAUCUUGGAGCAUUCUUCCCAGAUUAAUAUUGAAAAGGCUCGUUCAGUCCGUUCCGAAAGAAAUCCACUUAGAUGACGGAAACCAGCGACCGCGUUCUUCCAUCGAGCGCUAAUGACCAGGAAAGAAACCCGUCUCGGAAUUUAUAUCACAGAAUUGGGAACAGAAUGAAGCAGCAGUCGCCAAGGCGACCAAGCUCCGCCUUCGGUCAUGCCUUUCUCUCCUCUCUUUUCAGCACGGAUUCCCGCCUGGCAUGGGCGGGACUCUUGUGGAGUGAUUGACAGUUGCUAUAGUAACAGGCUCUUCUCGUCGCCAUUUUGUCAGUUGGGCUUUUUUAAAAAUAAUUUUUCUUCCCGCCCGAAUUAUAACUUUACGUGGAUUAUUUUUCUUUCGGAUUUCGGUGGCGGAGGGGUACCUUUCCUUUGGACAGUUGCACCGGACCGAAGCGGGACGACUCCGGGUGCGCGCGUGUGCGGUUUGAAGUGAUCCGAAGCGCAGUUCCUGAGAAGCCGGCUCGGCGGCGGCGCUCAGAAGGGGGAGGAGAGCAGGCGGCUGGCUGGCUGGCAGCAAGCAGGCAGGGAGGGGGCGCGAGUGAGUUCCCGGGGGCUCUGUUCGGCGCUGCGCCGCGCUCCCCUCUCGCCCGUGCUGCUCUGACUCCGCUCUCCCUGGCCUGGGCUCAAGCAGCAGCUGAAUUCACUACCACCGAGCUCUGCCCGUACCCCGCUGCCGAUCGCUUGCGCAGGUUUGGAACGCGCGCCAUUUUGUGAGCGAUAGAAAAUCUGCCCGGCCAGGAAACGCCGCGGAUCCGCCCGCCGGGCCGGGCUGCCCUCCUCCAGGAGAGGGAGGUGCACGAUUGGCUCCGCUUCGGGGCCAAGGCCCUGCUCCCUUUUUGCACGGGGCCCGAGCGUGUCGGCCGAAGUGAUCCAAGCCGGGUGGGAAAGACUGCAGAGAGGCUGCUGGGUUGGGCCGCUGGCUGAGGAGGGUAAUGAACUGAACCCACCCGCCAGUGCCGCCACUCACUCCCCUCCUGAAUCCCGAGACAGGAGGGAGGCCUUGGUCAGCACUGGACAACUGCGGCAGCCCGGACAGUAACCAGAGGUGGCCACCGCCCCGAUAUACGGGUUUGCUGCUGGCCUCUUCCCCCCACCCUACAGGAUGGUAUGAAAUUUGAAAGAAGACGAUGCAUACAGGGGAAGUCAUUUCCCUUUGUUCAGCUUUGCUGCUAUACCACUGGUUGAGGGGAGGAAAAGAAGAUUGUGGCAGCAAAUACCAAUUGAAGGCAGUAACUGCUUCAUCACUCUUGUAGAGAGUAAGGAAGGAUGAUCUUGGAGGAGGAGGAGAGACUUCAGCAUGCAAACCUUCAACUGUUCGGCUUGCACCAUCAUUUUCAUUCCAUGCGGCUGGCCUUCAGAUGGCUGGACAGAUGUCCCAUUCACAUCAGCAGUACAGUGAUCGUCGACAGCAGAACAUAAGCGACCAACAAGUUUCUGCCUUACCAUAUGCUGAUCAGAUUCAGCAGCCUCCUGCUAACCAGAGGCGAAUGCCACUAACUUUCCGUGAUCCAGCAGCUGCUCCUUUAAGGAAACUGUCUGUGGAUUUGAUCAAAACAUACAAACAUAUUAAUGAGGUUUACUAUGCAAAAAAGAAGCGACGACAUCAACAGGGACAAGGAGAUGAUUCUAGUCACAAAAAAGAGCGGAAGGUUUAUAAUGAUGGAUAUGAUGAUGACAACUAUGACUACAUUGUGAAAAAUGGGGAAAAAUGGAUGGAUCGUUAUGAAAUUGAUUCUUUAAUAGGCAAAGGCUCAUUUGGACAGGUUGUAAAGGCAUAUGACCGAGUGGAACAGGAGUGGGUAGCUAUUAAAAUUAUAAAGAACAAGAAGGCUUUCCUAAAUCAAGCCCAAAUUGAAGUGCGACUUCUUGAGCUUAUGAACAAACAUGACACAGAAAUGAAAUAUUACAUAGUGCAUUUGAAGCGUCACUUUAUGUUCCGAAACCAUCUCUGUUUAGUUUUUGAAAUGCUCUCUUAUAAUCUCUAUGACCUUCUGCGGAAUACAAAUUUCAGAGGGGUUUCAUUGAACUUGACGCGAAAGUUUGCACAACAGAUGUGUACUGCACUGCUUUUUCUUGCAACUCCUGAACUUAGUAUCAUUCACUGUGAUCUAAAACCUGAAAACAUCUUGCUGUGUAACCCCAAACGAAGUGCUAUCAAAAUAGUUGAUUUUGGCAGUUCUUGCCAGCUUGGACAGAGGAUAUAUCAAUAUAUCCAGAGUCGUUUUUAUCGAUCACCUGAGGUGCUAUUGGGAAUGCCUUAUGAUCUUGCAAUUGAUAUGUGGUCCCUUGGUUGUAUCUUAGUGGAAAUGCACACUGGAGAACCUCUUUUCAGUGGAGCAAAUGAGGUUGAUCAGAUGAAUAAAAUAGUGGAAGUUUUGAGUGUACCACCUGCUCAUAUUCUUGACCAAGCACCAAAAGCAAAAAAGUUUUUUGAGAAGUUGCCAGAUGGCUCUUGGACCUUAAAAAAGACCAAAGAUGGGAAAAGGGAGUACAAACCACCUGGAACCCGUAAACUUCACAAUAUACUUGGAGUUGAAACAGGAGGACCAGGAGGGCGUCGUGCUGGAGAGUCAGGACAUACUGUAGCUGACUACUUGAAGUUUAAAGACCUCAUCUUAAGGAUGCUUGAUUAUGAUCCAAAAACCCGAAUUCAACCUUAUUAUGCUUUGCAGCAUAGUUUCUUUAAGAAAACAGCAGAUGAAGGUACAAACACAAGUAACAGUGUCUCUACAAGUCCUGCUAUGGAGCAGUCGCAGUCUUCAGGAACCACUUCUAGCACGUCUUCAAGCUCAGGUGGCUCUUCGGGGACAAGUAACAGUGGAAGAGCACGGUCAGAUCCAACACACCAGCAUCGACAUAGUGGUGGACACUUCACUGCUGCUGUACAAGCUAUGGAUUGUGAAACGCACAGUCCUCAGGUUCGACAGCAGUUUCCUCCUCCGCUUGGUUGGCCAGGAACUGAAGCUCCUACACAAGUUACUGUUGAAACCCAUCCAGUUCAAGAAACCUCUUUCCAUGUUACUCCUCAGCAACAAAAUGCAUUACACCAUCAUCAUGGAAAUAAUUCCCAUCACCACCAUCACCACCACCACCAUCAUCACCAUCACCAUGGACAGCAGGCCUUGGGUAGUCGGACCAGGCCAAGGAUCUACAAUUCUCCAACAAACAGCUCGUCCACCCAAGAUUCCAUGGAGGUGGGCCAUGGUCACCACUCCAUGACAUCCCUGUCUUCCUCAACAACUUCUUCCUCUACAUCUUCCUCCUCAACUGGUAAUCAAGGCAAUCAGGCCUAUCAGAACCGCCCCGUGGCUGCUAACGCAUUAGACUUUGGACAAAAUGGAGCUAUGGACGUCAAUUUAACGGUCUAUUCUAAUCCACACCAAGAAACUGGCAUAGCAGGACACCCAACGUACCAGUUUUCUGCUAGCACAGGUCCUGCUCAUUACAUGACUGAAGGACAUCUUACAAUGAGACAGGGAAUUGAUAGGGAAGAAUCUCCCAUGACAGGAGUUUGUGUUCAGCAAAGUCCUGUGGCCAGCUCGUGACUAAAGUGAAACAGAUUGGUUUCUUGUGUGUUUUUAUAGAAGUGGUGUUUUUCCAAAAAAAAAAAAAAAGUGCAAAGCUGCUUGAAUCAGGAGGAGAUAGACUUAUUGAACCGCUACAGAAGGGCAAAGCUAACUAUUUUUUUAAACUUGAACAGAUUGCAGUGAAGUUUUUAGAGCCAUGUUCAUACCUAUCCUAGAUAGCUUUGAGAAGAUUUCUCACGUUUUUGCCCAUUUUAAUUAUUACAACCAAGUUACAUAUAUAUUUUUCCCCUUGUUCAACAGAAUGAAUAUUCAAGAGUUUAUCUUAGUUGCAUGCCCAGAAUCAUAUAAAUGGGCAUUUUGGGGGUUUUCUUUCCUUUUUUAAUGUUAAGGGGGGAGGGGUGGGAAGUAAUACUGAAUUUCCAUUCCCCAAACAUACAUGAACAUAAAAAGCAGUACUGUAAGGAAGAGGGAUCCUAAGAUUGCAAAACAGAAUCUUUAGCUGUAAAAAAGGAUAGUUGUAAUGGUGUUCAUGAGACACAUUAAGCAUGCUAAGUGGCGGUGAUUAAGACUCCUUAUCUGAACCUACUGAGAAUCAAAGCAGCAAUUAUAUUUGGAUUCUGUGUCUCAUGUUUGAGGCUACAAUCAGUUAGUAUUGAAAUAAGACUGGUCCUGUAAGUAAGGUGCACUGAGAAGCAAUCAACAGGUUGGUCUUGACCAAUCCAGGGGAAGUCUUAAGUGGUGGUCUUUGGGAUAACCUUUGGCCUUAUGGAUUUGGACUCUUAAGUUAGAAGAGCCUACCAUUUCAGAUGCAAUCACUUUUGGACAUGCUUUUGCAGAUAGUCCUUAAUGCUGAAAACACAGAGAAUGGGUAAUUCAAGAGGCCUUUCUUUUAAAAUAGACUUUGUGACCCACUUAUUGUAAGGUAUUGCAAAGUCACUUUGCGUGUGUCAUAAAGCUGACUUCCUUAUUGGUUGAAGGUCACAGGAGUAGUGGUUUGCUUUUGAUGAAAAUAGCUACAACUGUGUUCCUCUCUGCUUUUCACUUUCUUUUUUUCCUUUCCUCCUACGUCUUCUUCCUCUUUUUUGCUUUUUCUGGGCACGUGGUUUCUCCACUGUUACUUCUGCACAAAGAUGUCUUCUGUUCAACCUGAACAUUUUUAAAAAUGCAGAAUUUUAUGUGACUGCUUUUUUGCCUCACAAUUAUGCUGUGAAUUUUACAAAAAAAAUUUCUUUUUUGAUAAUUUAUUGUACCAAAGCUGUUUUUAUAGCACAUAGAUGUCUGUAACCAAUAAUGUAGCAGUUCUGCACUUUGACACAAGGUGUAACUAGACCAUUUUUAAAUGUCAGUUGAAAAUUAUGGCUGUACUAUUGCUUAAACAAAACUGGAACUGUUGUUUAUUCAUAGCCAAUACAUUUACAACAGUCUGUGUAUUGAACAUGAUAGAUAGGACAUCUAAUUCAACACUAUAACAUCUGUUGCAUUAUAAAUGUGUUCAAGCUUCUGAAAGUAAAAGGGACAGUAAAGCCAGAAGCUAUGAAGCCAGCAGUUAAUUUGUUGUAUCCCUUAUUAGCAUAAAUGUAAACCUGAAGGCAAGACCUUGAUUGCAUGAACAGAUCCAAAACACUAAGAUGAGCGAAGUUUAAAAAAAAAAAGGCUCAAGUGAAACCUGAGGCUUAGUAGGCUGUAUUUAACAGGACGUCAGCUUGGCAGUUGCUAAAUUUCAGAACCCUUUUGAAGAAUUUUGGAAUUACGAAUACAAACAUUGUGAAUAAAAGAGAGGAAUCAGGGUAAUAAUCAGGGUUAUCUUUCCAGAUUAACACUGUUUUGCCCGUUACACGAACAGAAGCAGUCAUCUACCUCUGCCAGUAAACCAGUUUAAAAGGCCAUUCAACAAAAUACCGUGCACUUCAGAUGGUUAGUCCUUAUAGCAAACUAGGUCAGUUCUUCUGAACAAAUUAUUUUCUUUCUUUUUAUAAUCAUUCCUUAUAUUGGCAACAGAGAGGCUGAAUGCAGUGGGAGUAUGAAAGAAUGCUUUAGAAAUAAGGAGUUUUUGUAAAGCAACUUUUUUAUCUAAGUAUCCAUAUUUAUUUUAUAUUGCGUUCUCAAGCCUGUGAAUUGGUAUUUUUGAACUUCUGCAGUUCAAAAAUGUUUGCUGAGCAAAAGGCUGUCGUCACAAAAAUGGAGCAUUGUGCUUAGCAAUACAAAAUGGAAUCCAAUAUGUACUGCUGUCUAGGAAUAUAAGGGUAACAAAUAUGGGUAAUUUUUCUUGUGCUGGUUGCCAUACUUUAACAAGCACCAAAAAUACUGUUUUUAAAUUUACAUAAACAGAAAUCAUAAACUCCAGUGCUUCUGCAUACUGUGUUAUGUUACAGUCCAGUUUUGUGUGCUUUACUACACAGUUUGGUUACAGGACUUCUGUGCAUUGUAAACAUAAACAGCAUGGAAAAGGUUAAAUACCUGUGUUCAGAUUGUAAGAUCUAGUCCGGACUUGCUGUGUAUAUUGUAACGUUAAAUGAAAAGACAAGCCCUUUGUAUUAUAGUCAUGCAGUCUUAUGUAUGAUAAACAGUUGAAUAAUU